AUGUCUUCGAAAGGGUAUCAGUGCCUGUCAUGCCGCAUUACAGACACACUCCGUCAAACCGUUCAGUCUGCACCUCGCCGUCAGUUCCACGCCUCGACCCCCCGACCAGCUCGCCGGAGACCCGCCUACCCAUCUGUUUCCCAAAAGAAGCUGGAAGAGCAAAAGGCCCGGAAUGCCGAUAUUGAUGCUCGCGCCGCGCAACUACUGCCAUACACAGACCGCGAGAAGGAACUCCUAGCAAAGCGGUACACACCCGAACAAAUGGCCGCCAUCGAAGCCGGCGAAGCAGCCAUCAAUCCGCGCGAUAUGGCCGAACAAGGCCGACUACGAGGAGAUGCCUUCCGCCCAACCUACAUCGACGACUUUGCCACGAUACGGCCAACAGUAGACAAACCCAUCCGCAUAGCUAUAGACGACGCAGCCGCUCAACAAGACCAAGAUCGCAGUCGCCGGGCCAAGAAACAGAAGAUCCCGGGUACAUCCUACGCCUCCGAAGAAGCAGACCCACAUAUGCUUCGUCUCCGUCAACAGACUGGCCUAGACGCCCAGCAGAUCUCGCGGAUACGUGUCAAGAAUCUCGUUUCUCAUCGUGUGGUCAAUCAGACACGUAUGGGGAAGAUUCAGUCGUUGUACUACCUAACCAUAGCAGGAAAUCAGGAUGGAAUGUUAGGAAUUGGAGAGGGCAAAGCGGCGGAAGAUGAGGAUGGGAGGAGGCAGGCUAUGAUGAAUGCGAUCAGGAAUAUGCGGCCGAUUGCACGGUAUGAAGAGAGAACAAUUUUUGGUGAUGUGGAGGCAAAGGUUGGAGCGGCAGUGGUGCAGUUGAUGGCUAGACCGCCUGGAUUUGGCAACCGCUGUCAACAUCUCAUCUUUGAGCUCGCUCGCGCUGCUGGCAUAUCGGACCUCGCUGCUAGAACGCCGCGGUCACGCAAUAAGAUGAAUGUCGUGAAAGCUGCUUUCCAGGCUUUAACUACACAGAAGCUACCGGAGGAUAUUGCAAGGGCGAGAGGGAGGAAGAUGGUCGAUGUGAGGAAAGUAUAUUAUGGUGGGCAAGUCUACUAG